ACUUCAUACGCUUCCGCCGCUUGCGCCACAACGGCAGAGCCGUCUUAGGCAUUGCGGCUGGAGGUAUGGCUCGACCACAUGCCGGUCUCAUACUCGUGCUGCUUCGAGCUCCUGACCAGCGCCCUUGCACACUUCCCCAGCUCUGACUUCUCUAAUCUCUAAUUUUCUCCGCUCGGGCUCUUCAGAGGCAUUUCUGUCACGUUGCGUUGCCAGCUCGAUUUCGAGGCCUAACACCAUGACAGGCAAGAGAAGGUUUUCCGCGAGCAGCCAAGAGUCUAACGGCACGCCGCCGCUCGCAACUCAAACGGCGGAAUGGCCAGCCUCGUCGAAAGCUAUAGAGGAUGCACAAUACUUCUUGAAAGAAUGUGCAUCGAAAUCAUCCUGCACCCUGCUAGUACCAGACAAGGAUGCAGACGGGCUAAGUGGGGGACUCAUCAUAUACCGCACGCUCGUCGCUCUAGGGCACUCUGAAGAGGCACUCAGGGUCCACUUCGUUACCCAAGGUUCGAACCCUCACCGGGAACAGGAGCGGCAGAGGCUGGAAGCUCAUGGUGCCGACUACGCUAUCGUCGUCGACCAGGGAAGCCGCCCUGGGUCUGCGCUCGUGCCAGGAGCCAAGACGCUCUUGGUUGACCAUCAUCUCAGCGACGAGUUUCCGGAUGACACAUUGGUUCUCUCGGCGUGCAAAUACGAGCCGGUCGUUACAUCUGCAACGCUGGCGUAUCUACUCUGCCGGCCCCUUCAUCCCUCUGUGGUCGCGUUAUGCGACUAUCUUUGCGCCAUGGGUACGCUGGGAGAUCUGGGCACGUCGUUCCAGUUCCCUCCGCCCUUCCCACAGGAAGACAUGAAGGCCUGUUUCAAGAAAUACAUCAAGAAGGUAAUCAACGAAGCCAUCAGCCUUGUCAAUGCCCCGAGGCGUACAGCCACCUUCGAUGUCGAGUCUGCCUGGAAGGCCCUCCUCGCAUCAUCAGGCCCAUCAGACAUCGUGAACCCGCGCCGCUCGUCUCCGGCCCAGCUCGCGCUCUCGAAGCGCCUGCACGAAGCCCGUCUCGAGGUCACCGCCGAAGUCGCGCGCUGCGCACACGUCGCGCCCGCGUUCUCGGGCGACGGCAGGGUCGCGCUGCUCCGCAUCGACAGCGCCGCGCAGGUGCACCCCCUCGUCGCCACGCGCUGGGCCGGGCACCUCAGGUCGGCGCGCCUGCAGGCCGUCAUAGUCGCAAACACGGGCUACGCGCCGGGCCUGACGCACUUCUCGUGCCGCGUCGCCCGCUGCGCGAGCGGUGGCCCUGGACCCGCCGCCGCCGGGGCGGCCGUCGACGUCAUCGCGCUCCUGAAGGACUACGCCGCGCGCGUGCCGGGGUUCGCGGAGGCGGUGGGCAAUGACUUUGCGCGCGGGCACACGCAGGCGAGCGGCGGCAUCGUCACCACGGAGCAGUUUGAGCGCUUGUGGGAGGUGAUGGUCGCGAGCGCGCCUAAGGACGAGGAGAGCGGGGAGAAGUCGAGGAAGAGGCGCAAGAAGGAUAGUGUACAGAAGAACACACUUGAAGGAUGGGUGAAGCGGGCUUAAAUUUAGUCCGAAUGGAUAAUGACAUCUGUCUAAGAGAUCGUGCAUUGCUAAGGAGUGACGUGGGUACCAAUGUGAAACGAAAGUCUACCAAGUAGUUAAUUCUACGAAAG